AUGGGGCAGGGCGGGGGGACGGCUGGGAUGAAAUCACAUCAACCGGGUAGCUCUGGAGAGAUGAGGGAGAAGGACCAGGAGGAGACGCUUCCAAACGCUUCCACGUCAGAGAAGGGUCUCUUAAUAAAGAGGCCGCGGUGGGAACCCAAGCCCCGGCUCCACACUCUCCCUAACGUCCAGGGUCCGCAGCCGCAGGGCGAGCGCUGUGCAGCGGGAGGAAGCGAGCGCUCGCCCAGGGUCCCCGAGGGGGUGGGCCCGGCCCCUGCGCCCGCGCUUCCAUCUCAUAGGCAGCUGCGCGCAGGGCUGUUUGGGCGCCCGCAGCGCCCGGCCAGCGGCCCGGCGUGUAUUUAUAAACACACAGCCCCACAGACAGGUCUCACCGACAUCAUUUCGCACGGCCCCGCGGUGCCGGCGGCCUGCUUCCCGACCUCCCAUCGGGGGCGGCCGCCGGUAAUCGGCGCUGAUGGGAACCGCGCUCUCCCGGCCAGAGGCACGCAGCCCGCCGCCCACAGCCAGCGCCGGCCUCCCUCCCGGGGCCCGGGGGCCGGGCCUUCCUGGUAG